ACUCCGCCAACGCUCUUCCGCCACUGCCACUGCCGUCCUCCGCCAACGCUCUCCGGUCCCCGCCCUGCGUCCGCCGCUGCGCCUUUCCCAUGUCUCGCUUUGCCGCUGCGGCUCGAUCCGGCGCCGCACGCCGGCACGUCUCAGCUCGCUCUCUCGCUGCCCGCGUACGGCCCGCCGAACAGUCUUUGACGUCGUUCGGCUCCAACGACGGCCUCGACGUUACCGCGAAUGGCUCAUCGGAGGCAUCGUCCGUUCCUCUUGGGCGCACCGAGAGCUUCGCAGUGCGAGUGGAGGCUUCGGUCGUCGCCAUCGAUGAAGGCACGCCCGCAAUUCCGGCAUUGGCCGAGCCAGGCCGCCCAAAGUGCAGUGCGUCAGAUGGCCCGACACCCGACGAGCCUAGCCAAGGCAACAGCAGCGACAACGAUGUUUGCGAGCUUUGCGGUGCGAUGGCGCAUCUCCACAUGAACGACGAGAUGGUGUGCACGCCAGCUCCUUUGCCGUCGCCGGUCACGCCUCUUCUCGUCGAGCGCAACGAGGCGGACGACGGCAGCCGUCGUGCUGCUGGCUCGCCUUCCACAGUGACUGGUGAACAAGGCACCACUGCUGCAUCGGCUGGACUCGACGGCGAUGGCGGUGCUACUUCUCCGUCUGCUGCAGCUGCUUCCCGCACUUCAUUACCUCCGUCUUCCUCGAGCGAGCAACGAGGCCAUGCGCCUUCAUCUCCACUGCCCGAAGCCCAGCAUCCUGCUGUCGAGCCCUCAUUGGAUCGCGCUUACAUGGAAGCGCUGUCUGAGUAUCCGCCGCCUGACGCGUGGGCAGCGAUGCCUCCUUUGAGCGAAAGCUACCAGCCGUGGCUGCAGUGGGGAGACCGUCGCAUUCGCCACAUCCACCGCGUCGUCCUCGACUUGCGCGUUCUCAUGACCCACCGGCUACGUGGCUUCCUGAGCAGCGCAUUGUCCUCUGCCUUCACGGACCUGGAUAGAGCCGAGAGUCCGCGUCGAAUGAUCGCCGGCCAAAACAUGUUCAUCGGGCUCGUUGGCCAGAUCCUCUCCUGCCAUACCGGUGAAGGCUGGCGCGACGUGCGUGCGCGCAUAUUCGCGCUUGACUGCGUUGAUUUCGCCGACCUUGGCCGCUGGCCAGACAGAUUUGACUUUGCCGAUCUUUACCAUACGCCGCUGUUCACGAUGCUGCCGCGGCCGUGGCCGGCGACGAGGCAGGAGCCUUGGAGCAGAGCUGGAGGCCUGACAGAGGACGAGGUGUGGCACUACGUCGGGCGCAAUCGCGUAGAGGUGGUGCGCAUGCGCGAGUUCGCUGAACGUGUCGAGCACGAGGCUGGCGUGUGGUUCCAAGAGAUUGACUAGGGCCGAGUUCCGAACAUCAACAGUGCGCUCGUCGACAUCGACACUGCUCUGCGCCUUGCUUCCACACAUCGUCGGCGCUGUCCUUCGUUUUCGUCGAUCUUCACCUCCACUUCUCGUCACCGCUCCUGCUCCGUUCCUUCCUCCUGCUCAACCCUCCGUCUCUCUCAAUCGUCUUCUCUUCCUCGUCAUCGGCCCGCGUCGUCGCGCCAGCAAGGCGGAGAAUAAGAUCGACCCGC